AAAAAGCCACAGCCACCUAAUUACAGUGAUUUAGGGUUGAGAGAGAGAGAGAGAGAGAGAGAGAGAGAGAGAUGGGAGGUAAAGGAAGGAGACGAAGAGAGAAGAACUACAAUGCAGCGCACGGAGGCUACACAAGGCUGCCGCCACCACCUGAUUAUUCCCAAGCCGACGCUUUGCCCUCUAAACUUCGCAAACUCCUCGCCUUCACUAAAUCUCAUGACCCGCAAGACUCUUCUUUCAAGGUCGUAAAAGCUGCUGAACGAAAAAAGAGGGAAAAUGGAGUUGAUGCUGCUGAACCAAAACCCACGGAUGAAGUGGACUUCGAGACUGGUUUUGAAGAUGAGGGUGAUGCUGAGAAUUUGGAACCUCAACAUACAGAUGAGAAGAGAAAGAAGAAAAGAAAGAGAAAGCAAGUGCAUGACCUUCGGUUUGAAACAGAAGCAUCGAAGCAAUCAGAAACUCGUCUAAAAAGAAAGGAGCGCAAGAAAAAGUACUUGGAAGCAAAGAAAAACAAAAAGAAAAAGGGCAAGAAAGAAGAGAAUGUAGACUUUCCUGGACGUGAGGAAAUCAAAUUUGGAGACGUAGUUCAAGCUCCUCCAAAGUUGGUUGUGCCUAAGGCAUUGAAGAAUGUACAAGAUGCUUCUAAGGAGAGGGUUCGAGUCAAGGCAAUCGAGGCAUAUAGGCAACGGAAAGGAUGGAAUGCAAGGCCAGGAAUUCAGCUUCCUCCUCCUGUGACCUCAACAGCAUUGUAAUUGGUGAAACCAUUAUGGAUACUUAUCUUUUUGCCUCUCUUUCUACUUGCCUGGUAGAUACAUGUCUUGAAGUUUGUGACUCUAUAUCAGGGGGUACUAUGCCUCUGCAAUUUUGUAAUUUAUGCAGCGAGUUCAUUUGCUACAGUCUAGGAAUUUGUAAGUGCUGGUUAAAUUUGUAAUGUAUGGAAAGAGGAUGGAGUAUUUUUGUUGUUGAUAUCUUUGAAGCUCUCUGUUGAA